AUGUCGUCUACUUUGCUGAAGAAGGCAAGGCUGCCAGCUGGUUAUAAUGCCUGGCACUGCUGCUCUUGCAGUCACGCAAAUACAUCCCCCCGCAAGCGGCUCAAGUCCGAAGGCCCCGGACCUUCGCAGUCGAGGACAUACGCAGAUGCCAGCUUCAAACAGCAUGAAUUUAGAGAUAACAUGAAUUGGCCCUGUAGGGCGACUCCUUUCACGCCCACUCCGUACGAGAUCUUCGAUAUAACUAAGAAUGGAGUGUAUAGCAAACACAAGUUCCUUGAACUGGUCAAGAUAUACCAUCCCGAUAGGAGCGGGCAUGCUACUGAGUUGAGUCAUAUCGAAAGGCUGGAGAGAUAUAGACUUGUGGUACAAGCACACGAGAUAUUAUCGGACCCAGUGAAGAGACGAGCCUUUGAUGCCUCAGGUGCAGGAUGGGGUACCAGAAACAAUGCGUCGAGACACUCCAGAGGUUUCACCAACCCAGAAGGGAAACCAUAUGGCUACGGAGCGGGCCACGAUUCCAGCAUCUUUCAAAAUGCAACGUGGGAAGACUGGGAACGGUGGUAUCGACGGCAAGAUAACUCGGAAAAGCAGGCUUAUUCGGGGACAUAUAUUCAUCCUAAUGCAUUCGCGUCGUUUGUCAUUCUCUUGGCGGUUCUCUCUGGAGUUCUUCAGGCCACUCGUGCAGGACAAUACUCAGGAACAUUGGAAGAAAAGGCCAGAGCCUUCACCGAAGAGACAAGUCGGUUUCUCAACAGCCGAGCCGACCAUUUCAAGGAUAACCAGGUCACCCGUGAUGGGCGAGUCACACAUUUCCUGCAGAAAAGAGAUCCAUCCAAGUAUGGAUUGAAGGCUGAAGAAGGGGAAGUUUAUCGAAAGCACUUUGAUAGUGGAUUGCAGCCGAGUCCAGUUCUGAAGAGCUCGGACGCUGGCUGA